GGUAAAUACCUAGUCUGAAGGCUGGGUGCUGCAUUCAUGAUUUGCAUGCGUUUGAAAUAUCAUUGGUGCUUUGAAUUUAUUAUCUGACCAAGGACACAAUAUUUAUAGGGACUUAAAUUUCAUUGGUUGAUAAAAUGUGUAAAAAUCAAUACUUUUCAACUAUGACAUGUGUAUUACAGAUGCAUCGUGAGUGGCUAAACAGCUUCCACCUAGGUUGAAUCUUUGAAAUAAAUCUUAUUUAAAUGAGAAAGACUAACAUUUUAGCAGCAUAUGGGCAAGAAAAUUCAUCAAAACAAAAGCGAAAAAUUCAAUACACAAAAGAUAUAUCCAAAAGAUAAAUCUCUUCAGACAAGUUCAUCCAAUAGAUUUUCACUUCAAAAUUCGAACAGCCAUCAGAUCAUUCAAAGAAUUCACAGCAGAAAAAAUCAAAAGUUGCCAGUCAACUAAACUUUACCCGAAAACUUCGGUACAUUAUGGACUGGAAAUUUCUACUAUCUUGUUCAUUAUUACUGUGCUUUUAUCUGUGCACAAUUCUGACAAGAUCUACAAUAUUAUCAUCUGAUGAUGAAUCCAAUCAUGAUGUGAAUGUGAUAAGCAAAAGAUUGUCUAAUUUACUACAUGGAACACAGAACUCAAAUAAGGAUGAUGAAGUUUGCAAUCGUCAGCAGAACAAUGAAGAUGAAUAUGAUGAACAAUGGGAAAGAUCACCCUUGAUAAAUUCAAACCUUUUAAUGCCAACACUGUGUAUCGGUGUACUAGUUCGUAAUAAAGCUCACGCAUUACCGUAUUUCCUCAAUGGUAUUGAAAGUCAACAGUAUCCUACUAAACGAAUUUCAUUAAUUUUUUAUGUUGACAAUACAAUCGAUUCAAGCGAUGUAAUACUGAGUGAAUGGAUCCAGUGUAACAAGGAUAAAUAUCAUAAUAUAAUCUUAGAAGUUGAAGAAUAUAACAGAAGUAAAUCAGAUGAUGAAAAAUUAAGCAAACUUUGGACUGAAGAUCACUAUCAGCAUGUUAUAAAGUUACGCCAAAAACAGUUAAAUAAAGCACGUGAAAUGUGGGCCGAUUUCUAUUUGUCUAUUGAUGCGGAUGUGACUCUCAUGAAUCCAUUAACUAUUGGACAUUUAAUAAAUGUGAUGCUUGAACCAACAAAAUAUGUAUCACAAUCUAAUUCGAAUUUUAAAACCGAUGAAAAUAUAGUUAUCUUGUCACCAUUACUAAACUGCACAUCGUCUGAACAUUAUUCAAAUUUUUGGGGUGCCAUGAGUGAUGAAGGCUAUUAUCUACGUUCAGAGCAUUAUUUUGAUUUACAGAAACGCCGCAUCCAAGGUGUUUAUCCUGUGGCAAUGGUGCAUUCAAUGUUUCUAGUCAACCUGAAAUCCCAGCAAUCAGAACAAGUCGGUUAUGAUCCACCACCAAAAAAUUAUACAGGACCGAUUGAUGACAUCAUCAUAUUUUCUAGAUCAGCACAACGCGCCGAAAUCGAUUUCUAUUUGGACAACACACAAUUCUACGGUUAUAUGCCAUCACCUGUUGAAGAACAAGAUCUCAGUGCGUAUUCAGAAGAUUUGAACAAUGCAUGGCUUCUAAGAGAACAAGAUCUAUUCGUUCAUUUACGUUUGCAAGCAAUCAUUGAUCUAGAGGAUAAACAAAGAGUUCUGCCUUCACAGUGUUUGCUUGAUAUUGCUAAAAGUCAGUUGCCAAAAUUAAGCAAAUUGGGGCUUGAUGAAAUAUAUUUCAUAAACCUGCUAAGACGUCCAGAUCGUCGUGCCAAAAUGGAAUAUAUGUUUGACCAACUAGGCGUUAGUGCUAAACACUAUGAAGCCGUUGAUGGGAAGAAUUUAAGCGCAGAACAACUUGACAAAUUACAAAUAAAACAACUUCCAGGCUAUACAGAUCCUUAUCAUAAAAGAUCUUUAAAAUUUGGAGAAGUCGGUUGCUUUCUGAGUCAUUACAACAUAUGGAAUGUGAGUAAAUUUAAUUUUAAUAAUGACAAUGGUAAAUGUAUUUCGUUAAUUAUAUAUUACAACAGCCCUUUAUCUUGUCGUUUCCUGUUGAGGUAUCUCCGCAUAUAG